ACGACAAAAGAGAUGGGGAUCGUUACUAGAGAUAUCCCUCGCCAAUAUGAUGUCAUCUUUACAUAAAUUACAUCAAGUUGGCGAAAUAAACUUUUAUGAGUAUGGUAUAAUCUUGUCAACCGAAAGGUUUAACCCUC